AUGCCGCAACCAUUGCCCUCCAAGGAUCAAUCCUUGUUUCGUCAGGUGGUUCGCCACUUUGAGAUGAAGCAGUACAAGAAAGGCAUCAAGACAGCAGACCAGGUGCUUCGGAAAAACCCUAACCAUGGUGACACGCAAGCUAUGAAGGCUCUUAAUAUGAGUCAAAUCGGUCAAUCAGAGGAGGCCUUUGCGCUCGCCAAAGAGGCUCUCCGGAAUGAUAUGAAGUCGCAUAUCACCUGGCACGUGUAUGGGUUGCUCUACCGCCAGGAGAAGAACUACGAGGAGGCCAUCAAGGCAUAUCGAUUCGCUCUGCGCCUCGAGCCUGAAUCGCAGCCCAUUCAACGUGAUCUGGCACUGCUCCAGAUGCAGAUGCGGGAUUACCAGGGAUACAUACAGAGCCGCAGUGCGAUGCUGCAGGCUCGGCCAGGAUUCCGUCAGAACUGGACCGCGCUCGCGAUUGCCCACCAUUUGGCUGGGGAUUUGGUAGAGGCCGAGAAGGUUUUGACUACCUACGAGGACACAUUAAAGGGCGCUACCCCGCCUGUCGCUGACAUGGAGAACUCGGAAGCUAUCUUGUAUAAGAACACGAUCAUCGCGGAAACUGGAGACCUCGAAAGAGCUCUGGAACACCUCGAGGCCGUCGGAUAUCGAUGCACCGACGUGCUCGCCGUCAUGGAGAUGAAGGCAGAUUAUCUUUUGCGAUUGGACCGCAAGGCCGACGCGGAAGCAGCAUUUACUGCUCUUUUGGACCGCAACCCGGACAACUCGAUAUACUACAAUGGCUUGAUUAAGGCCAAGUCUAUCCCUGAAAAUGACCACAAGGCGUUGAAAGCUCUCUACGAUGAAUGGGUGGAGAAGAACCCCCGCUGUGACGCUGCUCGUCGCAUUCCUCUCGACUUCCUGGAAGGUGAAGAUUUCAAGCAGGCCGCCGACGCUUAUCUGCAGCGCAUGCUGAAGAAGCGUGUUCCUUCAUUAUUCGUGAACAUCAAGCACCUCUAUGUCAACACGGCGAAGCGUGACGUGGUGCAAGAGUUGGUGGAAAAGUUCCUCUCCAGCCAGCAAUCCACAGAGUCCAACGAGGACAACAAGGAGCUCCUGUCAUGCACAUACUACUUCCUCGCACAACACUACAAUUAUCAUCUCAGCCGCAACCUCCCAAAGGCCAUGGAGAAUGUUGAUAAGGCUAUUGAGCUGCUCCCCAAAGCCGUGGAAUACCAAAUGACGAAGGCGCGAAUCUGGAAGCACUAUGGAAAUCCUUCCAAGGCAGCAGAAGAGAUGGAGAAAGCUCGUCUGUUGGACGAGAAGGAUCGUCACGGCAACACCAAGGCAGCCAAAUACGUGCUCCGAAACAACGAAAACGAGAAGGGCUUGGAGCUUAUGAGUAAAUUCACGCGCAAUGAGACUGUCGGUGGCACACUGGGCGAUCUUCACGAGAUGCAGUGCACCUGGUUCUUGACCGAGGAUGCCGAGGCAUUCCUCCGACAGAAGAAGAUUGGCCUUGCGCUGAAGCGCUUCCACUCGGUUUAUAACAUCUUCGAUACCUGGCAGGAAGAUCAGUUUGAUUUCCACAGCUUCUCCCUCCGCAAGGGCAUGAUCAGGGCCUACGUCGACAUGGUUCGUUGGGAAGACCGUCUGCGCGAGCACCCCUUCUACACAAGAAUGGCCAUUGGUGCUAUCAAGACCCAUCUACUUCUUCACGACCAGCCGGAUCUUGCGUUUGGACCCAUGCCCAGCGGGGCCAAUGGAAUCGAUUCCACCGACGAGAACGAGAGAAAGAAGGCUCUCAAAAAGGCGAAGAAAGAGCAGCAACGCCUGGAAAAGAUCGAGUCCGACAAGCGUGAGGCAAGGAAGGCGGCCGCUGCCACCGCUAAGAAUGCUGAUGGAGAGACCAAGAAGGAGGAUGCGGAUCCUCUGGGCAACAACUUGGUCCAGACGAAGGAGCCCCUGAAGGAUGUUAUGAAGUUCUUGACCCCGUUGCUCGAGUUCACCCCUCAAAACAUCGAGGGCCAAUGCCUCGGAUUCGAGGUAUACAGCAGAAGAGACAAGCACCUUCUUGCCGUCAAGUGUCUCGCAGCCGCUCACGCUCUCGAUUCCUCCAACCCCACUCUCCACGUUCAACUGCUUCGCUUCCGCAAGACUCUCGAUGGCCUUUCCGAGCCGCUUCCUGAGCAGGUUGCCGAGGCUGUCAAUGCUGAAUUUGACAAGCUUCUGCCCAAGUCUCAGAACCUCGAAGAGUGGAACGAGUCUUUCCUCUCGUCUAACAAUGCCAGUGCAACCCACGUACAAGCUGGUCUCGCUUGCCGUCAGCUCUUGAAGCCGGAAUCCAAGUCGCAGUGCGAAAAAGACUUGCUUGCCACCCUUGACUCGCCGGAGAUCACCAUCGACGAGGCUGUCAUCGCCUUGGACCUCUUGAACAAGUGGGGCAGUGACAAGACUGCUUACGCCGAGAAGGCCGCCAAGAAGUGGCCUGAGUCUUCAGUUUUCGAGCUGAACUGA